AUGUCUCUAUCUCUUCCUCUCUGAGGGUCCCAAUAGCUUCUUUGGUUUGAAUUUGGUGGCCGAAGCAACACAAAAGGUCUCUAUAGUUUUCUGGAUUGUAUGGAUUUGUAUAACAACAAUAGAGGGAUGUUCCGGGGUUUAGUUUGUAGCCCGGUGCCUCCAUUUACCGAGGGACAUGUUGCUAUGUGCGAUGAUCUGAGUAGUGAUGAAGAAAUGGAAAUAGAGGAGCUUGAGAAGAAGAUCUGGAGAGACAAGCAGCGUUUAAAGCGGCUCAAGGAAAUGGCGAGGAACGGUGUAGGAAAAAGAUUGUUGUUGAAGCAGCAUCAUGAUGAUUUUCCAGAGCAUUCGAGUAAGAGAACGAUGUACAAGGCACAAGAUGGGAUCUUGAAGUACAUGUCUAAGACAAUGGAGCGAUGCAAAGCUCAAGGUUUCGUUUACGGGAUCGUUUUAGAGAACGGGAAAACGGUAGCGGGUUCUUCUGAUAAUCUCCGUGAAUGGUGGAAAGACAAAGUGAGGUUUGACAGGAACGGACCAGCUGCUAUAAUCAAGCACCAACGGGAUAUCAAUCUUUCUGAUGGAAGUGAUUUAGGGUCUGAGGUUGGGGAAUGUACCGCGCAUAAGUUGCUUGAGCUUCAAGAUACUACUCUUGGAGCUCUGUUAUCGGCUCUGUUGCCUCACUGCAAGCCUCCUCAAAGGCGGUUUCCUUUGGAGAAAGGCGUGACACCACCAUGGUGGCCAACGGGACAAGAAGAUUGGUGGGAUCAACUGUCUUUACCCGAGGAUUUUCGAGGACUUCCUCCACCUUACAAGAAGCCUCAUGAUCUCAAGAAGCUGUGGAAAAUUGGUGUCUUGAUUGGUGUAAUCAGACAUAUGGCUUCUGACAUUAGCAACAUACCGAAUCUCGUGAGACGGUCUAGAAGUUUGCAGGAGAAAAUGACUUCAAGAGAAGGCGCUUUAUGGCUCGCUGCUCUUAACCGAGAAAAGGCUAUUGUUGAUCAAAUAGCCUUCUCUAGAGAAAACAACAACACUUGUAACUUUCUUGUUCCUGCAACCGGUGGCGACACAAAUCUUUUGUUUCCUGAAUCUGCAAAUUAUGAUGUUGAAGUGAUUGGUGGCUCUUAUCGGAUCAAUCAGCAGUAUCCUGAAUUUGAAAACAACUACAAUUGUGUUUACAAGAGGAAGUUUGAAGAGGAUUUUGGGAUAUCAAUGCAACCAAUACUCCUAACAUGUGAGAACAGUCUCUGUCCUUAUAGCCAACCACAUAUGGGAUUUCAUGACAGGAACUUAAGAGAGAAUCACCAAAUGACUUGUCCUUACAAAGUCACUUCCUUCUACCAACCCACUAAACCCUAUGGUAUGGCCGGUUUAAUGGUUCCUUGUCCGGAUUAUAACCGGAUGCAGCAGCAGGUUCAGUGCAUUCAGGACCAGUUUAAUCAUCCCAACAAUCUCUACAGACCAAAAGCUCCACAAACAGGAAGCAACAACGAUGACUUGGUUGAGGAUUUGAGUCCUUCUCCUUCGACGCUGAAUCAGAAUCUUGGUUUAGUCUUACCUACUGACUUCAGUGGCGAUGUGGAAACAGUAGGAAUGGAGAACAACAAUCUGCAGAAUCAAGAGCAAGAGUUGCCCACAUCUUGGAUUCAGUAAAGAAAGCUUCAUGGAGUUUUCUAUUUAUGUUUUCUAGUUUAUAGCUUUGUUUCUUGCUUAUUCUCUCAUUAAACACAGUUUUUGAUCUCUCCAUUUUAUAGCCUUUGUAGCCAUGGAGAAGAUUAGGUUUCGUAAUAAGUUAAUGACCCAUUC